AUUAAACAGCCAAAAUGCGAUGCACAGCACCCACACCGCAUUGUCUUCGGAUAUGGACAUCUCACUUGGGAAUGGAACGAAGGUCUUCGGAGCUACCUACACCCGCUCAUCUUUGCUGCGCGCUACGACGUUGGCAGUGUUUAAGCUGGAUACUGGUUCAUGUGGAGGUCGCCAAGGCUUUUCCAGUCUCUCAUUGCCGCAGCUGGUGAUGUUUACCUGUGGAAGCUCGCUUGUCGAGCAUUUGGUGACCCUGUUGCAUAGUGGACCAUCUGAGGAAAACUUGCGAUUCUCAAACUUUAUUAUGCAGAUGUUUUGCCAGCUCGUCAACUGGCUCACCUUCUUUUGCAUGGUUUGCACUCUAUCCAGCACCAUCGAGACUGUCCUGACGACGAUUGCGCUCUUAUCGACAAGCACUUGGGAUUUAUGUCGAAUUGUCAGCUAG